AUCUGAUCGACUAAAAAGUCAAGAAGUAUUAGACUUUACAUGUUAGGUUAUACUUAUACAUACAUAUUAAAUAUAUGUGCAUAUAAUAUAUGGGUUUUUCUUUCCUUCUUCAUUUAUGAAACGCAAAAAACAUUAUUCCCCUCUGUGGUCUCUCUCUCACGAGCAUCGUUUCUUCAUCGAUCUCAUAGUUACCGGCGUUGUUUUGAGGCCACUACCGUCGUCUCUCUCCGUAAUCGUCUCCAACAUCAUCAUCUUCUCAAUUUCGAAGCAUUUUAUUCUCUAAUAGGUAAAGUUAUGUAAUUUUCGUUUACAAACAAUGUUGAAAUUGUAGAAGUUGGAAUUUAGAAACUGCUUUUUAUCAAUUCAUUAGCUUUUGUAGUAUAGUCAAUGGUGGAUUCAUUAGCUUUUGACUCAAGAUAUAAAGCUUAUUAUAUAUUGCAUACCAAGUGUUCGAUGAUAUGCCUAAAUGAAUUCUGUCCACAAAACUCUUUGAUUUUGUGUUUAGUUUCAGAGAAAUAUGUAUUGCUUGUGAUUCUAAAUAGUAGAGUUUCAGUCAAUUCUGAUUGCUUGUUGGAAAAUGUAAUCGAAAAUGGAAAGGCUGCAGGAUUUGGUCCCUUAAAAGAUGGUUUCUUGUUUGAAACCUCAACUGGUUUAUCAAGAAUGUGAGUUUCAGUCUUGUUCCUUUCUUUGUCAAAUAAAGUGAGGAGAGGAGAGUCAAGAAAUCGACUUCAAUCUCUUUGUCAAUUGCUCAGUGCUCUCUCUAUAUCUGGGUUCGUGUUCGUCUGGAAGAGACCUGGAAAAACAAUUCAGGAAGACGAUUAGUUGUGUUCGUGUUCGUCCCUAAUCCCUAAAGGACUCAGGAAUGAAUCUUUCUCCGUUCAAGAGAGAUAUCGAUGAGCUGAUAGACGAGUUUGUGGAGGAUGAUUUGACAACCUUUGCUGAUAUGAAGAGUGUCUGGCUAUCUAGAAAGUUUUCUCAUAUAUAUGAAGCUAGUCCUAACAGCAACCUAGCCUUUUUCAUGCAGUCACUAUAUGUUCAUACCAUUGGUCACAUGGUUAGUAUUGAUUCUUUUUCACGGAGACUUGGAGGUCUUUACUGUCUCUAUUGCCUUCAUGAGAUCCAACCCUUUAAACCCAAGUUCAGAAUCUAUAUCUCACUUCAAGAGCUUGGGAAAUUUAGGGAUCUUGUAGUUGAGGCAAAAGAUAAAGGUGUAGAGAUAGCUGCUGCUGUGGCAAAAAAAAUGCUUGAUGAGAACAUGUUAAUAUUUGGAGCUGUGGAUGAGACAUCUGCAACCAAGACAAUUCAUCAAUUAACCGAGCUACAGAACGCACGUGUGCGGUUUGCCUAUGAGAAGUUAAUCUGUGACACUAGUAUUAACCAAUUUAUUCAUUUGGAUAUGGGUAAGGAAGUUGAUCUGAAUUCCCUAGAUAAAAUGUCUAUAGAAUAUGCAGAGGCCAAGAAGCGUGCAGUCGAAGGUGCAGGAGAAAUAAUGGAGAUUGAUGACAUAAAGCAUAUAUCAGAAGAGAAAGAGUUGAUGGGAGAGAGAAUGGAGAAAUUGAAAGAGGAAUGGGAUUCACAAAGACUUUACUUUUAUGAACAAACCAAGCUUGAUGGUUUUACUACGACACCAAAACAGUUGACAAAUGUGGAACAUGAUGAAGAUGAUGGGUUUGAUGAGCUUGAUCGCUUACUUUCUCAAAGCUAGUGUUGCCAUUGCAAUCACUGAUCGAUAUCAGAGUCAGGUUUGUAGGAGAGAGCUACACACACACUCUCACAAAAUCAAGAGAGCAUGUUUGAUUAGGAGAAUAUAUUGGUUAGUAAAUUCUGUAUCUAACAAGGAGAUUAAGAAAAUUUUAAUUACGGUUUUUCUUACGAUUGGAAAUUAUGUAGUUUGUCAUAUUCUCAGAGUAUAUGUGAUUUGAUAAUCUUAAGACAUCCAUCAAGAUUAGUGAGUUUUUUACGAGCUUACAUAUAUUUUAUAGACC